GCUACGGUCCUUCAACGUCUGACUCGAGGCCAGACGACCAUCACCACCAAGAAUCAGGAUCACCUAAAAUGGACGAAGACGUCGACAUGGACGCGCCUCAGAUCUCCACCCUUCGUGAGGAGGAGAGCCCCCCACCGUCGAACUCGACACCCAGUCGUACAGGCAGGUUUCGUGUGAAGCUUGUCGUCAACAAGCCCGAAACUGGGACGAAAUUCAUCAAGGUUGAUGGUGCGACUGGAGAGGAGGCUGCAAAUAGUGGGGAAGAGGGAGAAGUGGAGGAGAAGGAGGAGGGGGAGGAGGAGGAGGAGGAGGAAGACCAGCUCAUUGAUGACGACGAUGGCGACGCGCCUUCUGCUUCGGUGACCCCUUCGGUCACGCCUUUGCCAGUGGCUCUCACCGCUUCUCCAGCACCAGUUCCAGUCGUAGCGCCAGUCCGUGGCACUGGUCGUGGUCGAGGGCGCGGUAGGGGUCGAGGUAGGGGAAAGAGAGGCGGUGGUGUGGAUAGAUCUGCAGUACCCGUAGAGGUCGCAGACAUACAUGUUGACCCCGCUCGCUUGCCACAGCCACCCUCUACGUCUCGCGGGAGAGGUGUACCGAGGGGUACUACUGCUGCUUUACGAGCACCCCGCAAAUCUGGACCAACUAAGACCACCAUCACUAUUCCCCCUAUUGCCCCACACAUCAUUGACUAUGCGGGGGAGUUGAGCGAAGGUUAUACCGGGACUGCUCCCUCAUCUCCUGCAGCCGACGUGCAAAGCGUUGCCCCUUCCACUUCCGGACUAGCUGCUCCGGCUGCAGAGGAAAUCAAUCUGGAUUCUGCUCCUCAUCCCCGCUAUCCACUACCGAGCAAACCAUUCCAUGUGCAACCUGCACCCAAAAUCGGCACAGGUUGGGCACCCGUCCUUCCCCUCGACCGCUCUGGCAAGAAAGUUCGCCAUUGGCGCCCUGCGAAUCGAGAAAUUCGCGGAAUAGCAGGUGGUCGAUGGUUCGCUAGGUCCUGGCUAGGUGAUAAGGAGUCCGAGCUUGCCUCUGCUCAAGCCGCCGCCGCUGCCGCUGUUACCGCCCCUCAACCGCCCAUGCUGCCUUCUCUCUUCCCCGACUCCUUCUCCGCGAGCUCAGGCCCAUCCACCGUCAUGCUACCAAAGCUUCCCUCCUUGUCAUUGGCUGCUCAUCCAACACUUGCUCCUCCCGCGCCAAAGCGACGAGGUCGCCCUCCAAACAACCCAAACUCUGCAGCAUCCUCACGAGGUGUAUCCGUUGAUACCGUUGGUACGAGUACACCUGGUGUUGCUCGUGUGCCAGUGCCAAAGCCAUCCAAUCUAGGCACUGCAGAGGUCGUGAUGGAUCAGUCCCAGAAGAUUUCGGCUCCGCCUGCCUAAAUUACAUCGCUCGUAGAGUUUUGUCUUGCUUUCGUUGUUGUAGGAUCCCUCUAUCACUUGUUCAUCCGCUUUGCAUUGUCUGUAAUAAUUAUCUACGUGUGUUGUUCCCGC